AUUUUUCGGAGUACCACUCAUUCACGGAUCGUUGCCUGUAAAGUAGGGUUGUAUGUCACAACAUAUCACCUGAACAAAGACGUCGAUACUGACUGAAAAGGUGACAGAAAAACAGAUUUGUCUACUCGACUCGAGAGAAGCGAAGACGCAUACACAUUGUGAACGCUGGAAGGCUGAUUCGCUCGCUCCAGAGUAUAUUGAAACACCAAAAGGCUCGAAACAUUUCUACGAGUAAGCUGGUUCAAAACGACGUCGUCGAGUAUGGGCCCCCUUUUGGAGUACAUCCUGUUUGGGGUGCUGACCUCCGCUAACCUAGCUCUAGGCCUCUACUUCUCAUUCGCAAAGCGAUCGAAGAAAGCCGGCACGGACGAGAUGUUCCUGGCGAGUCGAUCUCUGGGCAGCUUUCCGCUGGCCAUGUCCGUGCUCGCAUCCAUGAUGUCAGCUCUGGGCGUAGUCGGUUUCGUCGCCCACUACUACUACUACGGCUUCUACUUCAACUGGGCUUUCCUGUCUCAGAUCGUUGUCUUGCCCAUGGUCAUGAACGUCAUGGUGCCUUUGCUCUAUAGACAGCGAGUGACGUCCAUUUUUGAGUACGUCCGCAUGAGGUUCGGCCGAAAUAUAGGCCUUGUGAGCUGCGGUCUUUAUAUUCUGAUGAGUCAAUCACUUGGAGCUGUGGCGCUCUAUUCGGCAUCCGUGGCCGUUUCUACAAUUUUCACUGUUCGACUGCUCUUUUCCACACUUACAAUUGGAUUAGCCGGUACAAUAUAUACAGCCCUUGGAGGACUUCGUGGUGUUGUGUGGACCGACUGCAUGCAAGGAAUCCUGAUAUUGAUGGCUCCUGUAACGGUGAUUACAAAAGUCAUAUACGACUCCGCCAACAAUAAAAAAGUAUUGCCUCCAGUGACAGACGUUCCGUUCGGACGAUACAUGCUUGAUGCAAGUGCCACGAUCACCAACGACGAAAACGUGUGGGCGUGCAUUUUCGGUCUCAGCAUCACAUUCCUGUAUCGCCAAGGUGUGGAUCAAAUGGUCGUCCAGCGUUACUUUGCGGCGAAGACACUCAAGGAUGCACAGAAAAUUGCGUGGAUGGCUAUUGCACUCAACAUCUUUUACACAUUUUGUAUGAGUGGCAUGGCGUUUGCGCUUGUGUACUGGUUUAGCGAUUGCGAUCCACUUCACUCUGGCUCAAUCACCAGAUUUGACGAGCUACUUCCAUACUACGUGAAGGAAUACCUCAGCGACUUCCCGGGAUUUUCAGGAUUAUUUCUCACAGGCGUCGUAUGCGCUGCCACGAGCACCACUUCAUCAAUUAUAAACUCAGAGGCGGCUGUAUUCUACGUGGACGUGAUUUCACCAGCAGUGAAGAUGAGCGAUAGAAAAGCCUCUUUGGUUGUAAAGCUAUUAGCAUUUUCUUUUGGAACAUUCAUGACGGUUUACGGAGUCAUCGUUCCUUACCUCGGAUCCGCUGUUAGAGUUUUAAUUAUGUUUUACUCGUCGGUGGCGAGCCCCUUCGUUGCAAUAGUACUCCUUGGAUUUGUCUUUCCAUGUGUUGGCAGAAAGGGCGCAGCCACUGCGAUUUUAUUUGCCACCGGAAUCCAGUUCUGGCAAACAGCCGGAAAGUUUUAUUAUAACGUAAAGCCUCCCUGGAUGCCAGUAUCUAUUGACGGAUGUGUCAGUAACGUUACGAAUGCAACAACUCAAUUCAUCGGAUCCAAUGAAUUCGUCGGUAUACCGUAUUUCUACCAGGUUUCGGCAUACUGGAGUGGUUUUAUAUCAGUCCUCUUCAUGAUUUUGGUUGGUGUGUCUGUGAGCUUAAUUACAGGCGAAGCUAAACUCUACAAAAGAAAUCUUUCUUUGACUGGUGAGGCGUUUCUGAAGCUAUGGAUAAAGCUGAAAUUAGUUACUCCUCCAUCUGAUGCGGAUUUUUUUCAGCAGCACAGCAGUCGCCUGGUAGGCGCCACUAACGCAGCAAUUGGGAUUGAAGAGACAGAGCAUGCAUGCACAAGGUUUUGAGAGCAUGCCGGUCUCGUCGCAUUCCAUUCGUCCAUGAGGACUUCGUCGUGGUGUUCUUCUUUAUGCCAAUGGGAGCAAUGGGCCAUCUUUGAUAUGUCGGUUUUCUCAAAUGAUUUUCGCUGUUGCUUUGGUUUGAAUUCUGCUUAUGCCACUUGAAGGGAGAAAGGGGCUCUGUCAAGCUGUUCUCGCAGAUUUUUCCUCUUGUUUCUUCCUUUUAUGUAUCGAAAUGGAAAAUAAAGCUCGUUAAUAAUCUUC